AAUCCAAAACACGUUUCUACUUUCUUGUGUCACUUGCCUGCCUCAUUCGCUGCCAUUCACCUGUGAUAUUCCUUGUGCCAAUCGUGAAAAUGUCGGCGACCCAUCAGUUAGUUUCUUCGAUGAUCUCUUCUUCAUCAUCCACUUUCUUAGCCCCUUCAAAUUUUAAUCUCAGAUCUCGCAAUGCUUGUUUACCAAUGGCAAAACGGGUCAAUACUUGCAAAUGCGUUGCAACCCCGCAAGAAAAGAUCGAAUACAAGACAAAGGUGUCGCGUAAUUCAAACAUGUCAAAACUUCAGGCUGGAUACCUUUUCCCUGAGAUUGCAAGAAGAAGGUCUGCACACUUGCUGAAAUACCCAGAUGCACAAAUCAUUAGUCUUGGAAUUGGCGACACAACUGAGCCAAUUCCAGAAGUGAUCACUUCUGCAAUGGCAAAGAAAGCUCAUGAGUUGUCCACAGUAGAGGGAUAUAGUGGUUAUGGUGCUGAACAAGGUGCAAAGCCACUGAGAGCUGCUCUUGCGAAUACAUUCUACAGUGGCCUUGGCAUAGGGGAAGAUGACAUUUUUGUUUCCGAUGGUGCCAAGUGUGAUAUCUCACGUCUCCAGGUUAUGUUUGGUUCCAAUGUUACGAUUGCUGUUCAAGAUCCUUCAUAUCCGGCGUAUGUCGACUCCAGUGUUAUUAUGGGUCAGACCGGACAAUUUAACACUGAUGUGCAAAAGUAUGGGAACAUCGAGUACAUGAAAUGCACUCCAGAGAACGGCUUCUUCCCGGACUUAUCCAAAGUUGGCAGGACAGACAUCAUUUUCUUCUGUUCCCCUAAUAACCCUACUGGUGCUGCUGCCACAAGGGAGCAACUGAAGCAGUUGGUUGAUUUUGCAAAGAAGAACGGAUCAAUCAUAGUGUAUGAUUCCGCAUAUGCAAUGUACAUGUCUGAUGAUAACCCACGCUCAAUAUUUGAGAUCCCUGGAGCAGAGGAGGUCGCUAUGGAGACAGCUUCUUUCAGCAAGUAUGCUGGUUUCACUGGUGUUAGACUUGGCUGGACCGUCAUCCCGAAACAGCUGCUCUAUUCAGACGGCUUCCCUGUUGCAAAAGACUUCAAUCGAAUUGUCUGCACUGGCUUCAAUGGUGCCUCCAAUAUCUCUCAAGCUGGUGCCCUUGCUUGCCUUACACCGGAAGGACUUGAGGCAAUGCACAAGGUGAUUGGGUUCUACAAAGAAAACACAAACAUAAUCAUCGACACAUUCACAUCUCUUGGUUAUGAUGUAUAUGGAGGAAAGAAUGCACCAUAUGUGUGGGUUCACUUCCCGAACCAAAGCUCAUGGGAUGUGUUUGCUGAGAUUCUGGAGAAGACUCAUGUGGUCACAACUCCUGGGAGUGGGUUUGGACCAGGAGGCGAAGGGUUUGUUCGUAGAGAACAUCUUAGAGGCAUGUCGCAGAUUCAAGCAGCUUUACAAAUGAAGAGCCUUAUGGAGCUUCGGCCUCUGGGGAAUACAGGGCUCAAGGUUAGCGCCGUUGGUUUUGGCGCAUCUCCGCUCGGAAGUCACUACGGUCCAGUCGCCGAAGCUGAUGCCGUCGCCGCCGUGCGCGAGGCUUUCCGAUUCGGCAUUAACUUCUUCGACACCUCCCCGUAUUAUGGAGGAACUCUUUCGGAGAAAGUGCUUGGUAAGGCACUCAAGGCUCUUCAAGUCCCUAGAAGCGACUACAUCGUGGCCACCAAGUGUGGACGAUAUGAAGAAGGUUUUGAUUUCAGUGCUGAGAGAGUAAGAAAGAGCAUCGAUGAGAGCUUGGAGAGGCUUCAGCUAGAUUAUGUUGACAUUCUUCAUUGCCAUGACAUUGAGUUUGAGUCUCUUGACAAGAUCGUGAGUGAAACAAUUCCUGCUCUCCAGAGAUUGAAACAGGAAGCGAAGACGCGGUUUAUUGGUAUCACUGGUCUUCCAUUACAUAUUUACAGUUAUGUUCUUGAUCGAGUGCCUCCAGGGACAAUCGAUGUGAUAUUAUCAUACUGCCAUUACGGCAUAAAUGAUUCAACUUUGCUGGAUAUACUACCUUACUUGAAGAGCAAAGGCGUGGGUGUGAUAAGUGCUUCUCCCUUGGCAAUGAGUCUCUUCACGGAACAAGGUCCUCCUGAAUGGCACCCUGCCUCCCCUGAGCUCAAGUCGGUGUGCAAAGCUGCAGUUGCUCAUUGUAAGUCAAAGGGUACGAAGAUCACAAAGUUAGCACUGCAAUACAGCUUAGCAAACAAGGAAAUCUCAUCGGUGUUGGUUGGGAUGGGUUCUGUCUCAGAGGUAGAAGAAAAUGUUGCAGCAUUUACAGAGCUUAAAGGUUUGGGGAUGGAUCAGGAAACUCUCUCUGAGGUUGAAGCUAUUCUCGAGCCUGCAAAGAUGGAGCUUCGGCCUUUGGGAAACACUGGGCUCAAGGUGAGUACCGUCGGUUUUGGCGCUUCUCCGCUCGGAAGUGUCUUCGGUCCAGUCGCCGAAGAUGAUGCCGUCGCCACCGUGCGCGAGGCUUUCCGACUCGGCAUUAACUUUUUCGACACCUCCCCGUAUUAUGGAGGAACACUUUCGGAGAAAAUGCUUGGCAAGGCACUCAAGGCUCUUCAAGUCCCGAGAAGCGACUACAUCGUGGCGACCAAGUGUGGGCGGUAUGAAGAAGGUUUUGAUUUCAGUGCUGAGAGAGUAACAAAGAGCAUCGAGGAGAGCUUGGAGAGGCUUCAGCUAGAUUAUGUUGACAUUCUUCAUUGCCAUGACAUUGAGUUCGGGUCUCUUGAUCAGAUUGUGAGUGAAACGAUUCCUGCCCUCCAGAAAUUGAAACAGGAAGGGAAGACGCGGUUUAUUGGCAUCACUGGUCUUCCAUUACAUAUUUUCACUUAUGUUCUUGAUCGAGUGCCUCCAGGGACAGUCGAUGUGGUCUUGUCGUACUGCCAUUACGGCAUAAAUGAUUCAACUUUACUCGAUUUGCUACCUUACUUGAAGAGCAAAGGCGUGGGUGUCAUAAGUGCGUCUCCCUUGGCAAUGGGUCUCCUUACAGAACAAGGUCCUCCUGAAUGGCAUCCUGCUUCCCCUGAGCUCAAGUCUGCAUGCAAAGCAGCAGUUACUCAUUGUAAAUCAAAGGGUAAGAAGAUCACGAAGUUAGCAAUGCAGUACAGCUUAGCAAACGAGGAGAUUUCAUCGGUGUUGGUUGGAAUGAGCUCUGUUUCACAGGUAGAAGAAAAUGUUGCAGCAGUUGCAGAGCUUCAAGGUUUGGGGAUGGAUCAAGAAACUCUGUCUGAAGUUGAAGCUAUUCUCGAGCCUGUAAAGAAUCAGACAUGGCCAAGCGGAAUCGACCAGAAAAAUGAACAAUCUCCAUCACGAGCAACUAAGUUCAACAGCUCGUUGGAACCUUCCGUCGUACGUAGCAGGAUCACCAAA